AGGAAGUGACGUCAGGGAGCGUGGUCGCGCAGAUUCACCGGUGUUUACAGGUGAGACCGAAAAGCAGCUGAUUGUAACGUUUCUGUGGUUAUCGAUCUGCAACGGACCGUCACCUCGAUGACGUCAGGCGGAACCGUGAUGUUGGAUGCGGCUGACACGUGCGUGUAGAGUCCCAGCUGACCGUUAGCUUAGCUGUUAGCAUAUAGCUUCGUAGUAAACAAACAGAAACCUGACCAGUGUUCAAUACCCGCUGAUCAGCAGGAAGUGACGCAGACGCGCUGAUCCUGCGGUGGCUGAUCAGCUGAUCACCACAGAAGAAGAGUGAGGCUGAGCAGGAACUGAAGCUGUUAGCUCAGUCACAGCUAGCCGGCUAACACUGGCUCUGUGUGACGUCAAAGGUCAGGCCUCUAAUCGGUUAGUUAAAUUUUUAUUUUAUCUCAGAGUUUCAGAAUGAGCGGAGGAGGCAUACAGAGACACAGCAGGGCCGAGGAGGAAGAGGAGGAGGAGGAGGAGGAGCACGAGGAGGACUUCUAUGACUGUCCGGACACGCUGGAGCCUCCUGACCCCACUGCAGGAGGAGAGGAGAGCCAGCAGGAUGUUCAUUUUAAACACACACAGAUUGAACGAGGAGACACAGAGAGGGAGGCAGCAGAAGGACACCAGGGAGAGGAGCGGGGAGACAGACUGAAGGAAGAGGAGGAUGAGAAGGAGGUGAAAGCUCUGCUGGAGACAGAGGAUGUGAAGCAGGGGGAGGAGGGGGUAGACGGGCUGAAGGAAGAGGAGGAGGUGAAGGAGCAACAAGAUGGAGACUCCCUGCGUGACUCUGACUCAGAGCUGAAGGAGGAGGUGGGCCCAGCCGUAGAGUUUGAUGAUGAUUACCUGAGGGAGGUGGAAAAGGAGCUGACCGAGGAGGAGAUGGAGAGUCGACGGCAGCAGAGCAUCAGUCUGAAGGAGGCGGGAAACGCCCACUUUAAGAGGGGAGACUGGGCGGAGGCGGGGCGAAGCUACACGGAUGCGCUGUCUGUGUGCCCCGUCUGUUUCAGCAGAGAGCGAGCCGUGCUGUUCUCCAAUAGAGCCGCCGCGAGGCUGCACCUGGAUCUGAAGGAGCAGGCGAUCUCAGACUGCAGCAGAGCAAUAGCGCUGGAUCCUGACUACCUGCGGGCGCUGCUGAGGAGGGCGGAGCUUUACGAGCAGACAGAGAAGCUGGACGAGGCUCUGGAGGACUACCAGAAGGUGCUGGAGCGAGACCCAAACAAUGUUGCUGCCAGGCAGGCGGCCAUGAGGCUGCCUCAGCAAAUCCAGGAGAGGAACGAGAAGCUGAAGGAGGAGAUGCUUAGUACGUACUGCACCUGAACACAUCCUUAAUCAAUCAUCCAUGAAUGUGUGGUAAGCUGAAGGACCUGGGUAACAUGAUCCUGCGGCCGUUCGGACUCUCCACCAACAACUUUCAGGUGAACCAGGACGCGGCCAGCGGUGCCUACUCCAUCAACUUCAUCCAGAACCCCAACAACAACAACAG